AUGGUGUCUAGACAUGGGAUCAAGGUGGACCUAAAAAAGAUUGAGACAGUUCAAAGUAGGCCUAUACCUUCUGCCGCUAUAAAGAUCAAGAGCCUCUUGGGUUUGGUUGGUUACUAUUGUCGCUUCAUAGAUGGAUUUUCAUCUAUUGCAGCCCUAUUAACUAAGUCGACUCAGACGGGCAAUCUAUUCAGGUUGUUCAAUGAGUGUGAGAAAAGCUUUCAGAAGCUCAAGAUAGCUUUGACUAUAGCUCCAUUGUUGGUUUCUCCUUCGAGAUCAGUGUCAUUUAUUGUUUAUUAUGAUGCUUUAUGGGUUGGCAUUGGGUGUGCCAAUCCAGAAGAAGACCCUCAGAAUUUUAUUGAGGAGAUGCACAAGACCCUCAGGGUUAUGCCUGUAACUGAGAUACAGGGAGUAGAGUUGGUUGCCUACCGUCUGAAAGGAGUGGCCUAUUCGUGGUUUGAGUUGUGGAAAGAUUCCCAUGAGGAGAGGAUCCCUCCAGCGAGGUGGAGCGAGGUUGCUGAUGCCUUUAUAGAUCAUUUCCUGCCUACUGAGACAAGGGUAGCCCAUGCAGCAGAGUUUGAGAAUCUGAAGCAAGGCAAACUGAUUAAGGUUCUGCCACUUCGUUUUAAGAACAAUGUUGCAUCUUCUGUGUUUUGA